GCUUGCAUAUGCAAGAAGGAGAGAGAGACCGAGCGAGCGCUCAAUAUCGACUCCCUCUGCUACAGCACACACCUCCCUUCCCUUCUGGAUCAUCUUCCUCACCUAUUUUUUCUCCCUUUUCACAUCUUUAUUUUCCUUUUAUUUUUUCGUUCACCUGUAAAUCGUCUCCUUCCGCCACCUGAAUCCUUCAACGCUUCAUCCUUCGCUCAAUCGGAAGAGGAAAGAAAAAGGACGACUCUCUCUGCCUCCCUCUCCUUGCCUUCGGGAAUCGCGCAAUGUCGGUGGGAAUCGCGGCUUUUUUCCCGAAUCCGAUCGUCUUCUGGGCGUGAGAAACCGUGAGUUUUUCGUUCCGAUCGUCCGAUCAUCGUGAAGAUUUCGGCCCCCUGAGUUUGUUGUGAAAAAGGAACAAAUUCUGAUGAUUAUCGCGUGUUGCAAAGUGCGGAAAGAGAUUGAUAGUACCGGUAGCGAGUCAGGGUGUUGAUGUUGAGAAGGAGAGGUGAGAUAUUAUUGUCAGUUUGAAUUGCAUGGGGAGAGGAUGCCAGAGCCCCGAACCCGAGCCCGGCAGCCUCGACUGAGAUCAAGAAGAUUAGAUGAACUUCAUGCAGCUUCUCCACCUGUUGAUUUGACAGGUCCUAAUGCUGCAGUAGCUGUUCCUGCAAAUAGAGCAGCAAGAGGUGGUGCUGGAAGGGGGAAGGCUCGCAAUGCUUCGCCUGACAUGAAUGGGCGGUUGAUGAACAGCAGGCCUACUGCUGGUGGUAGGGGUCGGGGAAUCGUGUUGAUAGAGAUUGAUCCAGAGCAGCCGUGUGAUUAUACUCCAGUUGCUCUAAGGGGUGCGCAGGAUCUGGGUUUCAGGCAAGCUGCUCCUGAAGAAGGUGCUGAUAAAGAUAUGCCAAUCGAGAUUGGAAGUGGUGAUAAGUUGGUGGCAGCUGCUGACGAAGAAGGGAGCACGGCUCCAAUUCCUGAAACGGUUCAGGUUGGAAAUUCCCCUAUAUACAAGGUAGAGAGGAGAUUAGGGAAAGGCGGUUUUGGCCAGGUUUAUGUUGGUAGGCGACUGAAUGGUGGUUUGGACCGUGGUGGGCCUGAUGCAAUGGAGGUGGCCUUGAAGUUUGAGCAUCGCAGCAGUAAAGGCUGUAACUUUGGACCUCCUUAUGAAUGGCAAGUUUACAACACUCUAAAUGGAUGUUAUGGGCUGCCUUUGGUUCAUCAUAAGGGCCGGCUAGGAGACUACUAUAUCAUGGUUAUGGAUAUGCUUGGGCCAAGUUUAUGGGACCUUUGGAACAACUCAGGCCAACUGAUGUCUCCAAAUAUGGUCGCUUGCAUUGCCGUGGAAGCAAUUUCGAUUCUUGAGAAACUUCAUUUAAGAGGUUUUGUGCAUGGAGAUGUUAAACCAGAGAACUUUCUCCUUGGUCAGCCUGGAACUCCAAACGAGAAGAAGCUAUACCUUAUUGAUCUUGGUUUGGCAUCUAGGUGGAAGGACGCAUCAUCUGGCAAUCAUGUAGACUAUGACCAGAGGCCUGACAUUUUCAGAGGGACAAUCCGUUAUGCAAGUGUCCAUGCACAUCUGGGCAGGACAGGAAGCAGAAGGGAUGACCUGGAAUCGCUGGCCUACACACUUAUAUUUCUUGUAAAAGGAAGGCUUCCUUGGCAAGGAUAUCAGGGAGACAACAAGUCAUUCCUUGUCUGCAAAAAAAAGAUGGCAACUUCUACAGAGAUGCUUUGUUGUUUUUGCCCAGUCCCCUUUAAGCAGUUUCUUGAUGUUGUAACUAAUAUGAAGUUUGAUGAUGAGCCAAACUAUGCUAAAUUGAUUAGCCUGUUUGAUUGUCUCAUUGAACCAUGCGCAGUCUCAAGACCGGUCAGGAUUGAUGGAGCUUUGAAGGUUGGGCAAAAAAGAGGAAGACUUUUGGUUAACCUGGAAGAUGAAGAUCAACCUAGAAAAAAGGUCCGUUUAGGAAACCCUGCAACGCAGUGGAUUUCAGUUUACAAUGCACGCAGACCCAUGAAACAAAGAUAUCAUUUCAAUGUUGUAGAUUCAAGACUGCUUCAGCAUGUGCACAAAGGUAAUCAAGAUGGUCUAUUCAUCAGCUCGGUGGCAUCCUGCGCAAAUCUAUGGGCUCUUAUCAUGGAUGCAGGAACCAACUUUAGUGCCCAGGUUUAUGAGAUUUCAGCAUCCUUCUUACGCAAGGAAUGGAUAAUGGAGCAAUGGGAAAAGAACUACUACAUAACUGCCGUUGCUGGUGCAACCAAUGGGAGUUCCUUGGUGGUGAUGUCCAAGGGAACCCCUUAUAACCAACAGUCGUACAAAGUGAGCGACACAUUCCCUUUCAAAUGGAUAAGCAAGAAGUGGAAAGAGGGUUUUCAUGUCACAUCCAUGGCUACCUCCUGCAGCAAAUGGUGUGUAGUUAUGUCAAGAAACUCUGGGUUUUCUGAUCAGGUUGUGGAACUUGACUUUCUCUAUCCAAGUGAAGGAAUUCACAGGCGGUGGGAGAACGGAUAUCGGAUAACCUCAAUUGCAGCAACAUCCGAUCAAGCGGCCUUCAUAUUGAGUUCAAGUAGGCGUAGAAUAGCAGAUGAAACACAAGAAACUCUUAGAACAUCUGCAUUUCCAAGUUCCCAUGUUAAGGAUAAAUGGUCAAAGAACCUUUAUAUCUCAUCCAUAUGCUAUGGGAGAACCGUCAGUUGAUGUUUGAUGAGCUGGUUCGGUGGGUAUCUUUAAGAAAAAAUUUUCGAUAUUUUUCUUUGGUAUAUAAAUAUAUAUAGGGAAAAGAGAGAGAGAGAGAUGUCAGAAGGAAAAGUAAGUGUAAAGUAUUUGCUGCAUGCUUGUUCCCGUUUAGGGGACCUGAAAUCUGUAAAUGUGGCCUAAUUUCGCCGUAUAUGUCUUAAUGGAAUUUCUGAAAAUACCUGCUCAAAAUUGGGCAUGGCCCGGGCCAA